AUGCGCUUCACACCCCUCCUCUCCACCAUCUUCUUCACCAGCGCGGUCUUCGCCGCAACAACCACCUCCAACCCCCAAGACGACGUUGCAAGCAUCCUCGAAGCCCUCCGCGAGGUCAACCCCGAAGAUGCCGAAGCCGCCGCAUCCGCCAUGAAAAUCAAGCUGCGCCGUCGCGACCCCGUGCCGCAGGUCGCCGGUGGUGCUGAUCUGAACUCCAUUCUCGCUGAAUUGGCGAAGAACAACCCCGAGGAUGCGCAGGCUGCGCAGGCGGGUAUGAAGAGACAGGUCGCAGCGGGAACUGACUUGAACGCCAUUUUGGCCGAGUUGGCGAAGAACAACCCUGAAGACGCGCAGGUGGCCAAGGCGGGCAUGAAGAGUAAGAGACAGCUUGCGGCGGGAACUGAUUUGAACGCUGUUCUGGCCGAGCUGGCGAAGAAUAACCCCGAGGAUGCGCAGGCGGCUAAGCAGGCGAUGAAGAGGCAGAUUGCGGCGGGUGGGGAUUUGGAUAGUGUUCUUGCGGCGUUGGAGGCGAAUAACCCGGAGGAUGCGCAGGCGGCGAAGGCGGGGAUGGGGUCGGCUUAG